AUGGGUCCAAAAUUCAGACGUCAAGCACAGCUGUCAGUUAUUAAUCAGAUACGUUUGUCCGGUCAAAGUCUGAACGAUGAAAGUAAGGAAUCAUCAGAAGAUGAACAAGGACAAAUGGGCGUUAAAGCUAAACCUGAUACUGAGCCGAUCAAUUUCGGAGACAAAAUUAUUCUGAACGGUCUUAUGGACGUCUUCGAAUUAUGUAAGGCGAAAUGUGGUCUAAAACAGCUAAGUUGCCUGCUUUAUAUGACACUCCGUCAUCUUGGCAUUAGAUGGAGAGAUUGUAAUGCCUUCAUGACGGAAGUCGGUGCCUUUACAACUGAAACCGCCCAUAAAUGGACGGAAUUUUUCAUUUCAGGUGAUUUUGAAGAGUUUAACAGCGAAAAUCGAGGCAACAAACAGUUUGGUGAUUUUUAUGAUUAUUUUCCUGACAUCGAAAUUGAAGCGAAACUCUUUACUCUCAAUCGCUGUUCCCAAAAAAAUGCUGAUUUUUUUUAG